CUGGAGUUGUUGCAGAAACUGGUUCCAGUACGUCGGUUUUGACCUGUGGACAGUGGGAGCUGCUUCAUAACCGGUAUUUUGCAGUGUUGUCGAUACGUGCGAUAGGCAAACCGCGCUCAUGCGAUGCAUCUUAUGACGUUCUUAUCUGCAUGGUGUUCAGUCGUGGCUUCUUCUGCAAUCUACUUCAUGAAGAUCCCGAUUAUUUACCCUCAAAAAUGGCAGUGGGCUGCUAUGCUGAUUUUCAUUGGACUCUCUGGUUUUACCGCGCAGGUACACUGUUGUCCCUGCUCCUUAAUCUUGGCCGCUGGAAGCUGUUCACAGACUCUACUUACGAUGGGCUAUCAACGUGAGACUGCUACACGUGGCUCUAUGGGACAAUAUGUACAGUUCUUAUUCGCCGAAGUCCUGGAAUACGUAUUUUUUGCCACUGUUCCUUCGAUACUAUCGUUCAUCGGAGCUGUCAUCAUCAUGACGUCCGCUACAUACGCUAUUAUGUGUCUUGUUUUGAUCUCUGUUUCGUCACUUUCGAAUCUUCCUUCUAGUUCUCAAGGAAGAAAUCACCGAGGGAACCCGAGGCGAUCAGUCUCAGAGAGUGGGACUCUGUCAUUGCAGAAAGCCACAUGUUGCAUACUGAAUUGCUGGACAGGACGAUUGAACUUGUGAAUACGAGCUCGAGCGAUAGGAUGGAACGUGGCGAGGACUUGAUGGAAAAGCCGGGGAUGCCAUCUUCGUGAAGUUUAUGCACUAUACUUGUAGUAUUGUAUCAAAUGCACACACUUACUGUUACACAAAAUCUAAGGUG